AUGAUGGACAUGGAGAUGACCCAUGGCACGCCAUGGCUGGACCAACCAGUGAUGUUGCACUCCUCGAGGAAGUACAAGUGUUCUCUCAAGAGCGAGACGCUUUGCGAAUGGCAGCAAGGCUACUGGCGCUUCUGGUACGAGGCAGACCAUCGAUACGCUCUUCCGACCGUGGCAUUCUUUAUGGUCGCAAUCAUCCUCUUCGCCAUUCCUUUCAUCCUCACCUCGAUCUGGCCCCGGGCAGCAUCCGCAAGACCUCUACGAAGAGGACUGACCCUGAACCGAUACCUCUCAUAUCGACAGUUCCGGAUCGAUAUCCUCAACUGGAACUCUGCACCUCUGGGAGUCCUUCUCCUAGGCGCAGUCGGCACAAUCUUCUUCUUCGCGAUGACGCUUGGUCCGCGACCGUAUUAUUGGCCUAACACGAAGUCACCACCGGUGUCUUUCGGGAGCUCACCGCCAAUUGCGACUCGAACAGGCUGGAUGUCUCUGGCAUGUCUUCCUUUCGUCUUUGCAACAUCCUCCAAAUCGAAUAUGGUCACGGCCGUUACGGGCAUCAGCCACGAGAGACUGCAAGUCUUUCAUCGGUGGAUCAGCUACGCCAUGUUCGUCCUCGCACUCAUACACACCUUUCCCUUCAUCGUCUUCCACGUGUGGAAGGGUGAUAUGGUGAACCAGUGGAAUACAUCCGUUGUGUACUGGACUGGCGUCGUGGCUGUCCUCGCACAAGCCUGGUUGACCUUUGCGUCGUUCUCUCCCCUGAGGAACUGGUGCUACGAGUGGUUCAAGUUCAGCCACUUCGUUGCUGCUCUGGUAUUCGUCGUGUUCUUCUUCCUCCACUGCGACUUCCGCCUCUCGAGCUGGGACUACUUCAUUGCGACCGGAGUCAUAUACACCCUGUCUUGGCUGCACUCUUUCAUCCGCGUCUUCUUCCAGCAUGGCAUUGGCAAGGCGGCGACUAUACACCUCAUGUCGAAUGGCUUCAUUCGAGUAAGCGUUCCUACGCAGUCGACUUGGCGUGCGGGUCAACACUUCUUUGUCCGCUUCAUGGGUCUCGGCAUCCACGCCUGGACAACUCACCCUUUCACGGCGUGCUCCCUCCCCACCAAGGCACACUUCUAUGAGGCGAAAGAAUCUGAGCUGAUCUUCUACAUUCGGCCACAAGGAGGGUUCACUGCUCGUCUUGCGAAAUAUGCAGAGAAACACCCUGGAUGCACGAUGCGAGUCCUGCUCGACGGACCAUAUGGCGGCAUUGACAUGCCCAAGCUCGAGUCCCCCGAGAAGAUGCUCGUCCUUGCAGGGGGUUCGGGAGCUGGAUGGUGUCUACCGUUGAUCGAGUCUUUCUUACGAAGGAAAGACUGUGCCGAAUGUUGCGACGUUGGGAAGGACUGCAACACACCAUCAAUGCGAGUGAUCCUUGCGACAAGAGAUCUGGCAACGAGGAACUGGUUCGAAGAAGCGGUCAACGAGCUAGUAUCUUCCUCCUUGAUUGGAAAGUGCCCGCCAGGCCUCGUCGUCGAAGUCCACUAUACCGGAGGCGAGGACAACGCAAACGCCCCCAAAGCCACGGGCCAGUUCCUGCAGAAGCUCGACGACCCAGAGAAAGCGCCAGACGCAGACGUGGCUAUCACCGCCCACAACGGGCCAGAAAGCUCGUCAGACUCAGACACGGACGAGAAGGAUGAGCAAAGAGGUCGCUUUGCGCUGUCGUUGCGAGACUUCCCGUCCCGGCCUUAUCUCCCAGACGUCAUCAGGCAGGAAUGUGCGGAUCAGGACAAGCCUAUGGGUGUCUUUGUUUGCGGACCCCUGAGCAUGCAGCAUGAUGUUGCGAAUGCGGUGGCUAAGGAGCAGAUCAGGGAUAUGAAGAGGGAUUUGUACUUGCAUAUGGAGCAUUUCUCAUGGGCGUAG